AAAAUAACAAAGUGUUUUCAACUUUUCAAUACGCCACCUUUCAAGUUCGCCACAAAUCUUUAUUAAAUUUCUUUAAUUUUUUUAUAGUAUUGUAAAUAUCUUUGCCAAUCAAAAUGAACAGAAUAUUCGGUAGAGGAAAACCUAAAGAACCAGGUCCAAGUAUUACGGAUUGCAUCAGUAAUGUUGACAGUCGAGCUGACAAUAUUGAGCAAAAAGUUCAGAAAUUGGAUACAGAACUUCGUAAGUAUAAAGAUCAGAUGGCCAAAAUGAGGGAAGGUCCAGCUAAGAAUUCAGUGAAACAGAAGGCAAUGAGGGUAUUAAAACAAAAGAAAAUGUAUGAGCAACAGUUGGAAAAUUUAAGAGCUCAGUCUUUCAACAUGGAACAAGCAAACUAUGCCACACAAACCCUGAAGGAUACACAUGCCACUGUAGCAGCCAUGAAAGAUGGUGUCACACAGAUGAAGAAAGAGUUUAAAAAAAUCAAUAUUGAUUCUAUAGAGGAUGUGAAUGAUGAUCUGGCAGACAUGUUGGAGCAAGCUGAUGAAGUGCAGGAGGCACUUGGCAGGCAGUAUGGUAUGCCUGAGAUUGAUGAUGACGAACUUGCUGCUGAGUUGGAUGCUCUUGGUGAUGAGAUUGCAUUAGAUGACGAUGCAUCAUAUCUAGACGACGUGGUGAAGGCUCCGGCGGCUCCAGAUAAGGAACCUGGGGCAGAUAGCGUACGAACAAGAGACGGUGUAGCAGUCGACGAGUUUGGACUACCUCUUGUACCCACUCCUGCACAGCCUUCACGCUGAUGUAGUCUCUGGGUACCCGAUUUGUAUAACGACGGUUGUCAAAGCCAGCCAGUUAGGUGAUAUUGUAAUGUUAACUAAGUUCGCAUUUUCAUCAGUCAAUAAUUAACAGUCUCUGUGUGGUGACAGGGUACAAACACAAGAUGUCUGACUCCUUCUGGGAUAACAGAUAUGAAAAUUCAUCAAUAUCAAAUUCGUAUUUGACACUUGAGAACUCGCUCUGUGUGCUUGUACAAUUUGUAAGUCCAUACAUAUGGUGCGAAAUAUCAUAGCCGACUUUUUUUACCCGACAUGGCGUAAAAGGAGUGUUAUGAUAUUGACCGGUAUGUAUUUAGAAUUCGCUUUUUGUAGCACCUUAUUGAAACAAGUUAUUAUAUAUAACCCCAUUAAAAGAAAUAUUAGUGUAUGGAAUGAAUUGUAUCCUGUAUGCGUUGAACUUAGUAGAAA